AUGAAGUACUCCACGAUUAUGGGCGCCGCCAUGUUCGGCGCGGCUCUCGCAGCCAAGGACUCCCGCACCUUUUCCGUCAUGCGCUUCAACGGCAAGGAAAUCUUCAACGGCCGCGCUGACCCCAUCGUUAACCCCGGCGCCACCUCUCCCCACGAGCACACCGUGUUCGGUGGCAGCGCCUUCGGACCCGACGCUACCGGCGAGUCUCUCUCGCAGUCCAAGUGCACCAACGCCAAGUUGAAGGGCGACAAGUCAGCCUACUGGGUGCCCAGGCUCUACUUCCAUGACGAGGCCGAAGGCACUUUCGAGCCCGUUCCCGUCUUCUACACCAACAUCUAUUACUUCUUCGAUGCCACUGAUGAUGACAUCAAGGCUUUCCCCAAGGGUCUCUCGAUCCUCGCCGGCGAUGCCAGCACCCGCAAUGUCCCCCAGACUGGAGGCAGCGCCAACUUGGACCCCAAGGACGGCGAGAUCAACAACGUCAUGUGGACGUGCCCCCGUAGCAACCUCGACAGCCCCGGCUGGGUUGUCGGCUCCGAUGGCAGCGCUGCCGGUAUCCAGGACCCCAACAACAAGGGCCAGGGUGUCGGAUUCCCUAGCGCCAAGUGCGACGGCUAUGCCUCUCCCCUCCGUGCUGAUAUCCACUUCCCCUCUUGCUACAACCCCGAAGUUGGCCUCACUAACUACAAGGAGAACAUGGCCUGGCCCAGCUCCAAGGGCACCUCGGGCGGCCGCGUCAACUGCCCCGAAGGCUACAUCCACGUGCCCCACCUCUUCAUGGAGGUGUACUGGGACACCCCUUCGUUCUCGGACCGCUGGACCCCCAAGUCGGAUGGCGAGCAGCCCUUCGUUCUCUCCAACGGUGACGUGACUGGCUACUCUCUCCACGCCGAUUUCCUGGCCGCCUGGGACGAGGACCUCCUCCAGAACAUCAUCGACAACUGCAACACGGCGCACGCUGGUAUGGAGACGUGCCCCGGCGUCGGUUCCCAGGUUAACACCGAGACCUGCGUGGCGGAGAACUCGGGCCUCGGCGCUUCCCGGAAGCAACCCCUCUCUGGAUUCAAGUACGGUGCUGCUUCGGCCGCCUCCUCUUCCUCGUCUUCUUCCGACAACAGCGCCGAGAACGACGUUCCUGUCAGCAACUCGUCCGACGAGGAUUCGGAGGAGGUGGAGAUUGUCGAGGAGCAGCCCCAGUCUCCCGCCACUACCGCCGCGCCGGUUGCUGUGAAGCCCUCGCCCGUGUGCGUGACUAGGACCAAGACUGUGGUCGAGACGGUUACCGUGUACGAAGACGCUGUUCCUACUCCCGAGGCCAAGAAGCUUCGUCGCCACCUUCACAAGCACGCGGCUCGCCACGGUUCUCACAUGAACUAA